AUGCAUAUGCCCGCUCUCUUCAAUCUUCUCGCUCUAAUUUCUAGAUUGAAGAUUCACGCUCUGCUGCUCCUCCUCGCGCUAAUUCCGCUCGCCGCAGCACAGCCGUGGAGAAAGUGCGGCACAAUCAAUGGCACCUACUCGGCAGGCAGCAUAUACGAGAGCAACCUCGGAUACCUCCUCCGCACCCUCCGCGAGAACGCCUCCUACUCGCCGUCCCUAUUCGCCUCCGGCACUUUCGGCGCCGCGCCGGACACUGCCUGGGCCCUGGUUCUCUGUCGUGGCGACGUCAGCGCCCCCGACUGCUACGACUGCAUCACCAGGGCCGGUGGGGACGCGGCCACAGCCUGCAACCGCAGCAUGGACGUGGCCCUCUCCUACAGCCCGUGCUACAUCCGCCUAUCCAACCACCACGACUUUCUCGACCCCACCACCAACUCCGGCGAGGUAUAUCUCCAUAACAGCGCCCACAUCACCAUCACCGACGUCCAUGGAUACCAACAGGCGGUCACCAGCCUUCUUAGCGCCACGGUGCAGUAUGCGGUGGACAACUCCUCCAGGCUCUUCGCCACGGGGCAAUGGGUAGGGCCCGACCCAGGGUUCCGCAAUAUCUACUCGGUGGCGCAAUGCGCACCGGACCUGUCGCCGGUGCAGUGCCGAAACUGUCUGCAAGGCCUCGUGGGCAAGUGGUGGACCACGUUCCACUACAUGAAUUUGGAGGCGGCGGGCAUCGCUGGUCCGAGGUGCACCUUGAGGUCCCAAGUGUCCCCGUUCUACAUUGGCAGCGCAAUGGUGCAACAGACCAAGGCGGCUGAACCGGCGCCAGCUCCAGCACCGACGGCUGCUACGAGAGGUCAGUCGAUCGGUAGCAAGAGGGCCGUCAUGAAGAUUAUGCUAAUAGCAGCUGCAACCUUGCUAUUCCUAUGUAUUUAUAUGCUGACAUGGCAUAGAAAAGGGAGAAGGCUAUGGUUUAUCCUGUGCAACAAGUCUAGUAGAAACAAUGAAAAUAAUUACGAGGCCAUGAUAGCAUCCUAUGGAUCCCUAGCUCCAAAACGAUACAUGUACUCAGAUGUAAUGAAGAUAACAUCUUCUCGCAGCAAUGAGCUUGGAAAAGGUGGUUACGGCGUGGUUUUCAAAGGAAGACUUCAUGAUGGUCGUUUAGUUGCUGUGAAAUUCUUGCAUGACUCCAAUGAAAAUGGGGGCGAGUUUGUGAAUGAGGUUAUGAGCAUUGGCAGGACCUCACAUGUUAAUGUUGUUACCUUAUUUGGGUUUUGUUUGGAGGGAUCAAAACGAGCUCUUAUAUAUGAGUACAUGUCCAACAGUUCCUUGGAUAAGUUCAUUUACUCAGAGGACCCCAAAGAAAUUUUAGGAUGGGAGAAGCUCUAUGCAAUAGCACUCGGGAUUGCUCAUGGCCUCGAAUACUUGCACUAUAGUUGUAAUACACGCAUCGUCCAUUUCGAUAUCAAGCCUCAAAAUAUCCUUCUGGACAGUGAUUUUAGCCCCAAAAUUGCUGAUUUUGGUCUAGCUAAAUUGUGUCAUACGAAAGAGAGUAAGGUUUCAAUGACUGGUGGUGCUAGAGGAACAAUUGGAUUCAUUGCCCCAGAAGUUCACUCUCGAACCUUCGGAGUGGUUUCAACAAAGUCAGAUGUUUAUAGUUAUGGAAUGAUGUUGUUGGAGAUGGUUGGAGGCAGGAGAAAUGUAAAAUCAAUUGUUGAAAAAUCUAGUGAAAAGUAUUUCCCAGAUUGGAUUUAUGACCACUUUUCUCAAGAUGAAGGUUUACAGGCAUGUGACAUCACAAGUGAAACUGCGGAGAUAGCUAGAAAGAUGACAUUAAUUGGCCUAUGGUGCAUACAGGUAUUACCUAUGUAUCGCCCUACUAUAACACGAGUUUUGGAAAUGUUUGAGAGAAGCUUAGAUGAACUGGAGAUGCCACCAAAGCAGAACUUCUGUGAACUAGUGUAA